GGCAAGAAGCUCAUUCUCGUGGCAAAUAAGGCAGACGGUGGCUUCGUCGGCGAUUGGGCUGGCGAUGUCUACGAUUUGGGCCUUGGCGAUCCUGUUCCUAUCUCCGCGAUGCAUAACGAGGGCUUGGACCAUCUCUACGACCGUUUAGUGCUGGAAUUGAACUAUCAUCCUGCUAUGGAAGCUGAUGAGGAGGACGAUGUUGGUGUUAGUGGGAAUGAACUAGAGGAGGACAGUUGUGGACAUGAUAUCGAGCAUGAAGACGACUGUGAUGAAGAUGAGGAUGUUCUUGCAGCUAAGUCAGUAUUCGCUUCUGGCUCUGGUGCCUCCGUUGCUAGUACCGAACAGCCCGUUACAGUUGGGACGGAAGAAAAAAGCAACACUAUAAUUCCGCUAUCAUGCCAUGGAGCAGCUACAGCAUCCGAUCACUGCCGCGAUGAGCUCGAUGACAAAAGACGGAUUCUACAAGAUAUCAAGGACGACGAAGAAAUCCUUGAGGAGUAUGUAGAAAAAAACUUCGACGGUGACCAUAUUUCAACUAUCGAAGAGGAGCUUUCCGAAGAUUGGUUCUAUGAGGAGGAGCAUGGUGGUGAAGAAAACGAGGAUUACGGAGACGACGAGGGGGAGUGGGAUGCUAAGGCACGGUCAUCUCGAGCUGAGAAAGCGAAAGGACGGACUGCAUUGAAAAAGGCGAAAGAGGAUAAAGCAUUAGUACCAAUCGAUGCCUGUCGGCAGGAAGGUGUAGAUGAUGCAUUGGUAGCUUCAUCUGAAGCGGAUGGUGGAAACGCAUUGUCAAGAAUAGUUUCCCCAUCUGACGAAGAAACAUCGUUGGCUUUGCGGCAAGAUCAAGAGACCUCAUUAGCCAUGGCCCCAGAUCAAGAUGUAGAUAUCUUCGCGGCCGAAGAAGACGAAGAGGAACUCUUAGAACUGGAUGCUUCCUGGAAAUACCCGAACCUUACGCCUGAGCAAAGACGGGCACUAGCAUAUUUUGCCAGACAUCCUGGAGGCAUCACGAUCACAGAUCCGAUACUGCAAAAAGCUUUGGACAUGGAAAAGUUUGAGGCAGCGGCAACCCGAGGAGGAGUCGAGGCUGUGAGGAAGUUGUUGGUAUGAUUCUGGAACAUAUAAAUCAAUUGGGGGUUUAGUAUAACAGAAUUUUUUGCUAGAGGACACAUCGCAAUGAAUUUUUCUGUUGAUGAUAUCCCAACACUAGAGUUCAGCUCAUGUUGAUUCGCACCUAAGUUUUUGAUUUCGUUGUACCCCUACCGCACCCCUUCAUCCCCACCCGGAACUGGUGCCAAAGACGAGCGCGGACAAGAGAAGUGGGACGCGGCUGCAGCCUUACGGGACAAGAUUAUGGGUGCCAAGCGAGAGGCAGAUCUGUUUGAGCGACCGCUAAAGGUUGCAGUGAUAGGCAUGCCAAAUAGCGGGAAGAGUUCGCUGAUCAAUGCCUUGUUGGUACUUGUCACUUUUAAGCUGGUGCCUCGAAGUAGAUGAUGGCUUGUGUGAAAAGAAGACUAUCUUCAUGUUCUUCUCAAUUUCGAGUUGCCAACAGUAUUAAGUUAAGUGACCCACGACCGAAACUCUCAUCAGCAGCCGCUUAAGUCUACCACAUCGGAUGGUAGGCCCCAACCUAACCUAACCUCUCAUCCACGACAGGGUUCUCCGCGUAUGGUCGUUCAUUUUGAGUCUGGUACCACCAUCGACGCUGUCUCAUGCGACUGGGAAUAUCGUGGACGUCACGUGAAAUUGAUCGAUACCUGUGGAAUAUACCGACGUGGUCGAGAACUGCUGGAUCCGGAGACGGGGGAAAGCAUGCUAGAACCAGGAAUGGGGACGAACAAGGCGAUCAAGCGCGCGCACCUCGUGAUUCUGUGCAUAGAUGCUUCGGCUUAUCUUAUGGAGGGAUGGACUCUACUUCUAGAAGUACUCUACUGUUGGAAGAUUUGGAUCUCAAAAGUUGGAGUUUCGUCUGACUUCUUUUCGCUCUCUAAUGCCAGCAUGAACCCCUUCAGCACACCAUCACAGCGGGAGAUGAAGUUGGCGCGCAUGGUGACGAAAAGUGAGGAAAGGCCGCUCAUUGUGGCCGUGAAUAAGUGGGAUUUGGUGAAAGACUGUGAAGAAAAAAUCAAAUUUCGGAAAGAAAUCCAAGACAGAUUGAACAACGGCGUAUGGGAAUCCCUUGGUGACGUGCCGUGCGUUUUCAUGAGCGCGAAAUAUAACCAAAAUCUAGCGACCCUGAUGGAUAAGGUAUUAAUUUGUUUACAGUUUUUUGUUUGUUUGUCGAACGGGAAUUUCCGCGCUGGGGCUCCCGGCGGUCUUGCAGGAAUGGGCCUGCGCGUGCUCGGUUGUUUGUCACAGACAGACGCAGGCGGACCCGCGGAAGAGAGCGGGGCGCGCAUUGCGAAGGGCGCUGAGGUAAAACAGUCCCGGACCACCAUGCCGACUGGCUGCUUUUCACGUGGCUGCGCCCAUCUCGUUGACCGCUUUGCCGUCGGCCCAUCGCUGGCACAUUAUUGAGACUCAUCGUGGCUGAAACUAUACGCACUGUUUAGCACUCACAACUCCACACACUCACACUCACAGACGCAUCCAUACAACCACCAGGCUUUAGUUCUCGAGCGUCGAUCGGCUGCAAGGAUCGCGACAACAAGAUUAAACCAGUGGUUUCAAAACUGGUCUCAUCACUGGCCACCACCAUGGAAAGAUGGCCAAAAACUUCAAGUGAAGUAUAUCAUUAAGGCGAAACUUGAUAAUUCUUUGAUUUUGGUGCCACUUUCUUACUUGUCGAUUGUUACCCUAAACCCUAAACCCGUAGCAUUCCUCUAAUCCAUCGCAAGUCCGAUCACGACCUCCGACUUUCGUCAUGUGGACUAAUACGUGGGGUACACUGCCCAAAAACUACCUCCGACAGCUGUGCAAGGCCUUGAAAGAGGAGUUCAACAUGAGGGGAACGAUUAUUUAAGGCCUCUCUUGCUGAGUAAAGAUGCAUACGAUAGAAGUAGCUUGAAUUAAUAGUUGCGAUAAGUAGUUUGCAAGCUGAUGAGACUAUGGUCUUCGUACCUAACGAGUCUAGAGGUAGAUAGAAGUUAUCUUUGAAGACAGAUGACACUACCAGAAGAACCCGCCGCUAUCAAGAACUUCUCGUCUCUAAACCCUGCGCGUCGUUCUUCGCACUACCUUGAUGCCUAAGCCGAUGAAGAAAAUGAGCCGGCAAGAAUUAGUGAAAUGGAAACGAAUGGGACCGAGACAAGCUGAAGCCGCAAUGAAACAAAGGAAGAAGAAGCAGCCUUUGCGUUAUCGUGCGGAGACUGGAUAAGUGUUAUCGCGCGGAGACGUGAUAAGGUUCAACUGCUGUGUGGGAUGAAGAUAUUCACUACUUUUACGACGUUCAGUUACUGUAAGUACUUAUUUUCCAUCUUUUUCUUCGUAAACGCAUACGCACAUCUAAUGAGGGGGUGUAGGGCACCCACCGAGGUCCAUUAUCUCAAUGUCCAUUCAACAUAGCUGAGCAGAGAACAAUUUUUUCAAGAAGGACAUUUCGACAAGCGCAUCGCCAAUGCGCCGUUGAGACUUAAGUAUUGAUUGUAGAGUUUCUUGACCGCGACUGU